GUUCAUACAAUAUAUAAAUCAUGUCAACACAACAAGAAAACGAAGAAGAACGUUCGUUCAAACGUUCUAGACUUCAAUCACAAAAGGAAAACUUUCACCCUGGUUUACUAGAGGAAACUACGAUUGAAAAGAUCCACAAAGCUUUCCAAACAUCUCAACCUUACCUUCAUUGCAAGAUCGAUCAAUUGAUGAAUGAUAGUCUUCUUCGUUCAGUCCGUAAGGAAAUCCAAGAAAAUCUUCAUUUUACUGUCAAGGAAACCGAUAUCUAUAAAGUAUGGCAAACAGGUGACUUGGCCAAUUUGGAUGGCUUACCUGAAGACGAACUGGCAAAACUUUCUCACUUGUUCAAACUUCGUAAUGCUCUCUAUUCUCAAGAUUUCCGCGACUUUAUCUCUUCUGUCACCAAUUGUGGUCCUCUCUCUGGUACCAAGACGGAUAUGAGUAUCAAUAGUUAUAAUGAAGGUUGCCACUUGUUGAAUCAUGACGAUGUGAUUGGUACUCGCCGUGUCUCAUUUAUUCUUUAUCUCACUGACCCUGAUCAACGCUGGGACCCUCAAGAUGGUGGCGCACUGGAACUUUACCCUGUGAUUGAAAAAGGUAUUCCGGCGGUGGAACCUACUGUGAUCAUUCCUCCUCAAUGGAAUCAAUUUGUUAUGUUUACCGUCCAACCUGGUCAUUCUUUUCAUUCGGUGGAAGAAGUGGUUCCUCAAGGUAAACCUCGUCUGUCUAUCUCUGGAUGGUUCCAUAUUCCUCAAAAAGGUGAACCUGGUUAUAAUGCUCUAGUAGAAGAAGGUCAAGCAAAAUCAUCAUUAGAACAACUUCAAGAAGAGUCAGACUCUAGUACCAAAUUUGCUCAAUACAAAACACCAUUAGAAGACGAUGCAACGGAAGGAUUGACGGAAGAAGAUUUAAUAUCAUUGGCAGAAUGGAUGAACCCUCAUUAUUUGAACAUGACAAUUCUAAGCAAAAUGUCAGAACAAUUUUUGGAAGAAUCGGCAGUACAAUGCAAGGAUAUCCUCAACAAGGAAUGGUAUGACAAGAUCAAACAAGCCACCUUGGAAGCAGAUGAACAAGAUGGAUUUGGCAAGGAAAGGAUGAUGGCACAUGGUACGGGGACACAACGUGGAAAUUGGGAAUGUCAAGGACCUCCUCAUCGACAUCGUUAUAUGGUGGUGAAUUCUGACAACAAAAAACAACAAGAAUCAAGUUCAUCUUUAUUAGGUGAUCUUAAGCAUAAAUUCUCUGAUGAACCUUUCCGACAUUGGUUAGCUGUAGUGACACAACUUUUGCCUCUUGGGUACCGUGGCGAUGCAAGACGAUUUAGACCUGGUCAUGAUUAUACAUUGGCAACAACAAAUACUCGUGGUCAAGGUGUUUUGGAUGUGACGUUUUGUAUGGCGUCUAUGCCUUCUGAUGAAGCUCAAGAGAAAUGGGAUGGUGGUGAAUAUGGUGGAUAUGAAUGUUAUAUGGCUCCACAUGAUGAAGAAGAAGAUGCUGCUGUGUAUAAGGCUGCUGAUGAAGAAGGAGCUUUAUUGACCAUGCCUGCUGGUGAAAAUGAAUUGGCUUUGGUACUACGGGAUGAAGGUGUUAUGCGGUUUAUCAAGUAUGUCAGUGCACGUGCUCCAGGUUCUCGUUGGGAUGUAGCUUUUGAAUAUGAUCUUCCAGAAGAACAGGAUGAAGAAGAACAAAAAGAAUAGUAGAUCAUAUAUUUAUGUAAAUAUAAAGUUUUUGUAUUAGUUUGGAUUUUCGGGAAAUCAAAUAAAGCCUAUCUUUUUUUUUU